UGAACCAAUAUUAGCUUAAUAGCUUUCGCUGAAGAAGAAGUUUGGAAGCAGAACUGAGCGCCGAUAGAGAGUAGAGUCGCCGCCGGAUCGCUAUCCUUCCAUCGCAUCCGCAACCUCGCCGUACCAGCUCGAGGCGCUCUCGUAAAUUCCUGGGAAUUAUGGCGAUUAACCACAUUAGAUGCUUGGGAGGCUUCAUCCCUAUCAAGGAAAUCGGUGGGUUGCUGGGUCGACGAACAUUUUCUGCUGGAGGAGGUAAAGCGAAGAAGGGCUCUAAAGGGGGUGGUGCCAGUGAUGCUCCCAAAGCAUCAAUACUUACUAAAGAAGUCAAGUCUACAACAGUGGUUGGUGCCAAUAUUCUCAAGGAUGGAGCAGACCCCAAGAUACUUCCAGAUUCUGAAUACCCUGAUUGGCUCUGGCAUCUGCUUGAUAAACGGACACCAUUGAGUGAAUUAAGAAGGAAGAAUAUUGAAACUCUUCCUUAUGAAGAUCUCAAACGCUUUGUCAAGCUUGACAAUAGAGCAAGUAUCAAGGAAAACAAUUCUAUUAAGGCCAAGAACUAGUGCAAAGCAAUGUGUAAGAAUUAGUGUUUUCUGUCCAUUGCGGUGCAUCUUUUUAGUCUAGAAACUACAUUGCUAAUUUACGCAGCAGCAAAAACUUUCAUUUAUUUGUCUUUGCAUUACCCUUUUUGAAUCAAUGUCUUAUAGACGAAUAUAAUGCUCUGCUUCAUGUGAUCUGAAAGGAUUUUAUUUGUUGUCUUUUGGUCCGAAUACCUUAUC